AUGCCUUUCUUCUACUCCAAACCUAUCGGCGGCCGUAACUUCGGAACCAGCGUCCACGCCGACCGCCAUGGCGUCCGCCGCGGUCCCUGGCGCUUCCGCAUCGGCCGUUUCCACUGCUUCAGAUAG